AUGUCUAAAAACAGGAAAAUAGCGUUGAUAUUCGGAGGUUUUAUGACAGCCGUCGCUGCUGCGUUUUAUCCGAUAUUUUACUACCCGUUCACCCACAUAGAAGAGUACAGGGAAGUCCAAAAGGUGAACCGGGCAGGAAUUAAGCAAGCUGACGUGCAGCCUGUCGGUGUGAAGAUUUGGACCGAUCCAUUCAAGAAGUGA